UUGGUAUCAUUUCCAGUUUUUUCCACCUUUGAGUUUAAGCGCGUGCUAGGGGAUCAAUAAAGACAAGACCUGUUGCUCAAAGCCUCAAAGCCGCUUAGUUUCAUUUCGAGCGCGAUCGGGAUAGCAUCGCCGGUUCAGCAUGGGGAUCGGCCUAGGUGUGGCAUCCUGGCUGACUUUGCUAGUAUUCUGCUCAGCGUUGAUCAACCAAGCCAGUGGAUUGGUUGACGAUAGCUUCAAAGGAAGACGUUUCAUCUGCCACUACACAACAUGGUCCCGAACACGACAGAACGAUGGAGCCUACACGAUCGAGGACAUUCCCGGAAAACUAUGUUCCCAUGUAGUGUACAACUUCGUGGCGGUUCAUGAAAAAACGUUCGAAAUAACUUCUAUGCAACCGGAUUUCGACAUAGGGGAAAACGGGUUCCGACGAUUCGCAGCGCUGAAGGAUAAGUUUCCGAACUUGAAGCUUCUGGUGGCCAUCGGUGGCUGGGGUCAUGGCGGUGAGAAGUUCAGCAAGAUGACGGAGACACGCGAUCGUAGAAAGCGGUUUGUGGCAAGUGUGGUGAAAUUUUUGCAUAAAUACGGAUUUGAUGGAUUGGAAGUGGUUUGGUUGUAUCCGGGAAACUUCGAACGAGGUGGCAACAUAACAGAUAAGGAUAACUUUUACUAUCUGAUUCGAGAGCUGCAAAAAACGUUCACGGACACGGGACGAGAUUGGGAAGUGAGUGUGCAGGUACCGGCAGAUAAGUCACGUCUCGACGUUGGAUACCAAAUCGAUGCACUAUGCGAGGCGGCUGACUACAUACAUGUGAUCGGUUACGAUUUGCGUGGAUGGUGGAACAAUUUUGCUGAUGUGCAUAGCCCUAUGGCUGAUCGCGCACACGAUGAAGGUAACUUCGUUGGACUGAAUGUUGAAAACGGAGUUAAUUUGUGGCUACAAGGAGGCUGUCCUGCUGAUAAAGUAGUGCUAGGAGUACCACUAUUCGGACGCACCUAUCUUCUGGAUACACCGGAGGGAAACAGCGUAGGCUCACCAACAAUAGGAGCAGGAUCCGCCGGAGAGUACACCAAUGAACCAGGGUACCUCGGAUAUUGUGAAAUCUGCGCAAUGCUUCCGAAUAUGACAAUACGAUGGGACGAGAAAGCCCAGUGCCCUUACGCCUUCAACGCGGUCGAGUGGAUUGGCUACGAGGACGAACGAUCACUACGGGCUAAAAUUGAUUGGGCGGUAGAAAAACGUCUAGCUGGGAUCUAUGCAUUCUCACUAGAUUUGGACGACUACCGCGGUCAUUGUGGAACACCGUACCCGUUAACUUUGGUCAUACACAAGUAUUAUGAAGAAACUAGAAAGCAUACUCUAGUUACGUGGCCCUGAAGGCAUUGAGGUGUGAUAAAAAUGUGAUUCUAAUUAUACUCCCGUACCGUGCAAUGUGACACGACAAGCGUGUCGAAAACUAUUUUAUAACGUACUAAAAUAAACCUAAGCUAACAAAUGAGAUGAAAAUAAUAACCAAAAGCCAUGCACAAUAGGAUUUACAUUUUGGCAGUUUGUUCUGGCGAUUUGUUUUUUUUUCUUUGAGCUGAUGAAGAUGAAUGUACACUACCCGUCAUAAGUAUAAACUCACGAGAAGUAUUGCUACAAUAACAACUUAGAACAUUA